CAAGGCGCAGGGGCUUGCCGGGAAGCCCGGCAGCGUGUUUACAAGAUGGCAGCGUCCAGAAGGUCUGAAGUGCUGCGUCUCUAUCGGGCCUUGCUGCGAGAAAGUCAGGGUUUCAGCGCCUAUGGCUAUAGGACAUAUGCCAUCAGAAAAAUAAGAGAUACCUUUCGAGAAAACAAAAAUAUCCAGGAAUCGUCAGAAAUAGAUACACUAAUCAACAAAGCAAAAACUAAUCUGGAAAUGAUACACCGGCAGAAGAACAUUAAAACAGCGAACAAAAUUGAUAAGUAGAAAAAAUUUAACUACAAGUUUGAAUUAUUUGCAUGCUAAAAAUAAUAGCAGCGAACAUACUGUAUUGUAAGAUUUGCCCUGUGUAUUGACAAUGCAAUGGCAUGAAUAUUGUGGAUUAUAUUUAAGUUUACUUUGGUAAGUAUACAUUUAGUAAUAAAUUGUUGCUAUGGCUGUGUGGGAAUUUUUAAAUAUAGAAAUAUUUUCAAAAUGAUAUAAUAUUAUAUCCUAUUAUUUAAGGUUUGUAAAUUAAUGCCUAAAUGCAAACAUGACUCUUUGACAGUUUUAAGCAAAACUUCUUCAUAAGGGUAAAAAUAAAUUGCUUCAUGAUAUCUAGAGCUAUAUUAACACUGCUGUAUUUCAUGAUUGUCUAAUUUGUAUUAACAAAUUUUAAGUAUAUUCACAUUAUUUUGAAAUGUCAUACUUUUUAAUUGCCUAUGUAUAUUUGAACAGUUUGGACAGUGAAGAAUAUUACAUGUAACUAGGGCUUUUAGAAAUACUUAAAGAUGAAAUAUUUAUACAGUUUUUAAACAAUAGAGCUGAAGCUGAUCAAGCAUGUGUAUUUUGAAGUUUGAGGUUUAUUAAAAUGUAGCACACCACUUUUAGCUGACUUUCUUUUUCCAUGACAUGUCAAUAAAAAUUAAAUAAUAUCCCAGCUGCCUAAUAAUUUGUUGCUUCUGUGAAAUCAAAUUUAUGUUCUCUUUAAAUGCUAAUUUAUGGUUUAGUCAUCAAAAUGACCGUUGGCAUCUCAGGUUCAUAAACAACUACUUGAAUCAGUUCUGGGAGGAAUUGGGGAAACAUGACAGAUUACUGUCAUUUAGUUCUGUCAAUCUUGACAAAAAUUUACAAAAGGAGCUUUCAAAAGUUAAAAAAUCAUAAAAGAGCAUUCCUGUAUACUUUUUAAGUUUUGUAAGUGAUUUAUUUUGUUAUGAAAAGAAAAAAAAAAGUAGAAAACUUUGUAGGAAAGUAGUUGUCAAUUUCUUAUAUUUUCUGUAAAUACAUGUUCAAAAACAGUUAAUAGAACACAUCGUUCUGUUCUAUUCUGCGGGGACCUGGUGAGGGAGUGAAAGGCUUGACAGAAAUCAAAUGGUUCAUUUAUUUGUGUGGAGGAGUGAACAGUCUUGUUCCUUUUUCUGCAGAUACCUUUUCUUCAGUCUUAAAGAAGUGAUAUAAAUUGUCUCUCAGGCCAUAUUGGAUGUUUGGAUAUGUGAGGAGUAAUACUUAGAGAAGUAAUCUAUUGCCAUGGUUUUGGAGGUGGCUGGUCCUUUUUGUUGUCUGACAGUAAAUUUGGAACUAGGAUUUUAGUUAUCUUAAUCCAACUUUUGUUAUCUUCCCAUUGGGACACCAGUAUAGCAGCCCUCCUUAAGGGUUUUAUGCUUCCUUAUUAUGGACCUCAAUUUCAUUCCUCAGCUCCAUUUUGUAAAUAACAACAGUGGCUAGGCAGUGCUCUUCGCUUAAACCCUUCUGUGUUGAAUAGCAUAUUCUAGAUUGAAAACAAAUCACAGAAGAGCUAGUUGCUUAUUAGUAUUACUUUAUAAAAGCUGUUCCAGGCUUUCACAGCUGAUGGAAAUGAUCGAUAGAAGCUGGCAUGAGAUCUCAUUGGCAAAAGUAUAUAGUACACAUAAUUCCUAUCAGAUUGAUGAGCUGCCUCCUUACUUGUUUCGCUGCCCUUUAUAUUUAUAAGUGAGGUCUUUAUUCAGCCUGAGCCGGCCCACUAGUAGUUGCAGACUAUUCAGAGCAGGAAGCUUUAUCAAUGGUAAUUCAUAUCCUUAUUACUUCUUACUUGGGCUACACCAUGAGGUUGCCCUUGAGGUCUACUCUGGAAUUUCAUCCUUUAUGAAAUGUAGUGGUCCAAUUGCUGGUACUUGGGAGGCACUUUAACCAUCUAGAUUUCUAUGGGUGCUUCAUUGACCACUGAUUGUUUCCAGGUACAGUUCAAGCUCAUAGUAUACAGGGCCCCAGCAUAAUGAAGAAACUGACUUCUCUAGAAUAAAUUUCUCUGUCCUGGUCAGUUGUUAUAGGAGGUUCUUGAUUCUACCUUGUGCAGAGAAGCGAAGAAGCAAAUCUUUUUCAUGAUGAUCCCAUUACUAGACCUCAGCCACCAGCUCUUUAGAUUCAUUCCCCUCCUGGCUUGUCAAAGCAGCCCAGGAGAUGUCCUGUGAGUAGGGUCUAGCAAUGAUUAAUUCUUUGAGUGAGGGAGUUGUUUCUUUAUCUCUUAAAAUGGCUUUGCUUCAUCCCCUUCUAAAAAGCCAUUGCUGAACCCCACCAUACUGAAUAAUUUUUGCCCAUAUCCCACUUCUCCUUUUUGGAGAAAGUGUUUGAGAGAGUAUUUUCACAACAGCUUCAGAUGUUCUUGGAUAAAAUGAUUUAUCUGCAUCCUUCUCAAUCAAGAUUCAGAUCUGGAUAUGGAAUGAAAAUAGCACUGGUUGCGCUUUUGGAUGAUCUCUGGCAUGGGCAGGAUGGGGGUUGUGUAUCCAUCCUUACCUUACUUGAUCUCUUAGCAGCUUUUAAUACCAUCAACCAUGGGAUCCUUCUGGCUCAGAGGAUUGGCAUUGGCAGCACAGUGUUGUGCUGAUUUGCCUCCUUUCUUCAGGGUCAAUUCCAGUCAGUGAAGAUUGGGGAGGAGAUGUCCCAUCGUCAGCCCCUAUUAUAUAAGGUGUCACAGGGUUCAGGGUUCCUCUCCUAUUUAACAUCCACAUAGGGCUGCUGGUGAGUUCAACUACAUCAUGGGAUAGGUCUCUAUCAAUAUGCUGCUGAUACUUAGCUAUACAUCUCUGCCCCCUGAUGAAUUAAGAAAUGCUGUAGACAUCCCAGUGGCUGGAGGCUAUGUGAGCCUGGAUGAAGCAUAACAAGCUUCAGCUGAAUCCUGGCAAGACAGAGCGGGUUUGGGGCCUACUGAUUCUAGAACUGUGCUAUCUUUGGUGCUGGAUGGGGUGGCAUUGACUCAGACAGACCUGUGUGUAAUCUGAGGGUCAUUCUAGACCACAGUUCCUUCUCAAAGAGCAAAUAGCAGUCUCAACAUUCUAAAUGUGUUGUUCAGGCCAAAUCUUAAUAGGGCCAUGGCCUAGAAGAAGUAGGAUGGCAAACUCUGAUUUGGGUGAGGCACAUUAAGGUUAACAUCACUGCAGAUAAGACAUUGCAAAUCAACCUCGUUGGCUUUAAAAGGGGAAUGGGAGGGGGAGUUGAAUACAGGUUGGAAAUAGUAUGCAGGGGAGCAUUGAUCUCCUAAUCAGUAUUAAGGGCAGCAGAAUGUUACAUUUGCACCAAACUUGUCUCUUAAUUCUAAGCAUUAAGAAGUAUUUCUAAGAUGGAGGAGCUUUUUUCCUUUGUUCCUGCAAUUUACCCAGUAGCAGUUAAAGAGAUGGGAGUACCAGACCAUCUCAUUUGUCUCUUGAGAAACCUAUAUGCGGGUCAAGAAGCAACAGUGAGAACCGAACACGGAACCACUGAUUGGUUCAAAA